AGACAUUCGCAACGCGAGAUCGAAAGCAGAGGAAAUGAUGGGAAACCCUCGAAGGCCAUCGAAGAAGAGGAGCGACGCCGGGAGCGAGCCCGAUCUCCACGCGGCGGCGAGGACCGGAGAUCUCCAUGCCGUGGAGUCCAUAUGCAACUCGAACCCACUGUCUAUCAACUCCAGAGAUCGCCAUUCCCGAACUCCCCUCCAUCUAGCUGCAUGGUCAGGUCAGGCAGAGGUGGUGAGUUAUCUUUGCAAUCACAAAGCUGAUGUUGGAGCUGCCGCCAUGGAUGACACUGGUGCUAUCCAUUUUGCCGCGCAAAAAGGUCAUCUGGAAGUAGUUCGGAUCCUUCUAUCAUUUGGAGUCUCUGUUAAGGCUGCUAAUAGGAAAGGGAUGACUCCUCUGCACUACGCCGCACAGGGAUCACAUCUGGAACUUGUCAAGUAUUUGAUAAGGAAAGGCGCAAGUCUCUCAGUGAGGUCAAAAUCUGGGCAAACACCACUGGACCUUGGAGGAAAUGAGGAAGUUCGUACUUAUCUGGUAGAAUGUGAGAAGUCGAUGAAGGAAGGUGGAAAAAUAGAUAAGAAGAAGGCUGAUGAGUCUUCGAAACAAAUUGCUGAAGAGAAAAACUCAGCCUCAGAUAUAAAAGAUUCAGUUAAUGAGGCAGGAGACGGAGAAGAUAAUGUUAAGGAAAAGAGGAAAAGCGAAGGAGCUGAUGAGGAUAACUUGGCAAAGCCCAAGAGAGGGAAAGUGUCUCUUGAUCAUCUUUUAGCUGAAAAUGAUGUGGAAGAAGAAUAGAUCUAAUAAUGGAUUGUAUUGCUAAAUCAUUAGAAUGGUUCAUGAGCUAUGAUGCUUGUAAAUCGCCAUGCAAAUGUGCUUGUGAAUUGAGUGAAAACACUGAUAUUGGGAGAUGGCUCCUUAUUUUGCAGUGUUACUGUAUCUUUGUUUUCUAAGGGAUUAAUAUAUAUGCGUGGCCUCUCUAUUGAAGUUGAAGGGGUGUUUAGUUGGAAUUAUUUGUAAAUUCUUAGGAUUUCAGCUGACUUUAAUGUCACAUAAUAUGUAGGAUAAA